AUGGACCAGGUAAGUAUGACUGCUCUCAUUUCAUGUUGUCAUGUAAUCGGCGGGGUUUCUGUCAGCCUUCUCCAUUCAGGUAGCAUUUGGUGAACAGUAUGAGAAGGUCGAGAAGAUUGGGGAGGGGACUUAUGGCGUGGUGUACAAAGCUCGCGACCGCCUGACUAAUGAGACCAUAGCUCUAAAGAAGAUCAGGUUAGACCAGGAGGACGAGGGUGUUCCAAGCACUGCUAUCCGAGAGAUCUCCCUCUUGAAAGAAAUGCAGCAUGGCAACAUAGUCAGGUUCUAUUUAUUAUAGUAUAUUUUAUUUCCUUGCGUUCUCUACUGUGUAAAAGAGUUCCUUGCUGAGCACACUUACCCGUGGGAUUUUUUUUUUACUCUUUUCUAAAUUUAAACUAUUGAAGAUCUUCUCAUCUAAGUCAAACGCGAAGUAUUUGAAACCAUUUCUGCUGACGAUCUCUUGAUAAUUCGUAUGAAACAAGAUGAUUCGCUGUCACACUAAUCAUAUCGACUCAACUUGCUCUAAAAUUGACGAGUUUGCUUGGUCCUCUGCUGAUGACUUUGAUUUGGUUGCUGCAUUUUCUCUAUUCGGAUAUGAUCUGUUUGGGUCGAGUGAAUUUGAUGAUAUUUUUAUUGAUAGUUUUCUACUCAUCAUGUUUCUUUUAGUUUCUAGUUCAGAGCAUUGUUAUCACUAUCAUGACUGCUAUGAUCUGUCCUAUUGAUUGUAAUGCAUUAUGCAAAACAGACGAUAUGAAACUGAUAAAAUAAAUAUGUUGAUGCCGCUUAAGGUUGUGGUUGAUGGCUUAGGGAUAGGCUUUUGUCAAGUUUGCUCAUUGGGGAAAUCUACAAUUUGCACGCAUUUAUAAGAAAUGAUGUAUUUUUAAACGUGUUAUUUCAUGUAUAUUGCUAAGAUUCCUUCACUGUAAAAGGAGGCAUAAUGUUACUAUCUGUUUUAUCAUUAAAGCUCCUUGUCUGAAAUGAUGCGUAAUUCUGUGGGCCAGAUGGAAGCUACUGUGCAUGAGAGAAUUGGGCUGAACAAAGAGUUUUGAUAAAUGUUUUUUCAAGUGGUCCUCCCAGGUUCGUUUUGAUUAAAAGAAAAAUGUAAAACCAUGUGAGUCAAGGCAGGUUACCCUCGAACUUGUAUACUAAAGUAGCAUUAUGUUUGAACCUGUUGACUUGAGAAAAGUGAACCUGUUGUGCUCGGUAUACUGUGUUCUUUCCUGUGCUGAAUAGGGUACUCCUCUUUACUCUAGUUUGGCUUCCCUAGAAACUCGAGCGAUUGCCUCACUUAGUUCCAUUCUUGGUCCAAUUCUUUUAAACGAAUUCCCCAGAAUAUCCAAAAUUCAUGGCUCGACAUCUCUCUAUUAUUAACUUCCUUCUGUAUGAUGAGCAGUUUCAAUGGUCUAUCAGUGGGUGAUGUAAAAUUUGAUAACAAGAGGGGAUUUCCUCAUGUCAUGGACCAUGUAAUGGUUUGACUGCAUCUUAUUGAUUAGGACUUUUGAGUUUGCUGCUUACCUCUCAUGGUGUUCGUUCUUUCCUUUUCACGUUUCUUUGGUGAUACCUACCUAGUUUUUGGUCGUGCACAAGUCCUGGAUGAAAUGAUGGAAAAUGGUUUUUUGGUUGUAAGUAUUAUUUGCCAUGAGUGAAACAUUCAUGAUGUCUAGUCGAAUGUAAAGAUUGACAAUUCAGUAUUAUUUCCCCACUUUUUCAUCAGGAAAAGAAGAAGGAACCUUCCCAAAUUCUGUAGCCAGUAUUCUUCUAUUCUAAACUAAUUUUCUUUCAAUCAGCUUUAUUUUCUACUUGUUCCAGUCCUCUUUUCUGAUUAUUGUGGAUUCUAGGAAGUGUAAUGUCUCCUUCUGCUCCUAGACUUAUCCUUUAAUCCACAGUAGAUGAAUUAAAAGGAUAAUUUAUUACUUUUACCAUGCAGAGAUUGAUGAUUCCUUUUGGGGUGUAAUCGGGUUAUGAAUUUGGUAGCCCACGGUUUCAUCAUCAUAAGGAUAACAUUAAGAUUAAUGGUCCUAUCUUUUGGUUUUUUUGUUUGUGCGCAAACGUGCUUGUCUACUCGUGUGUACGUGUGUGCUUGGAUGGAUCGGAUUUGCGUGUCUGUGCAUGUGCACGUAUUACCAUUUUUCUCCAAACUUCUAACAAUGAUAGCUGUGCCUUCGUAUCUGUGGUUGGGGCUGCACAUUCAAGAGUUGGCAUACAUGUGUAUGCAUCUGUGUAAGUGUCUGUUCUUCGUGUAUGCAUCUGUGUACAUGUGUGUUCUUCAAAAACUCUGGGACAAUUAUCUUAUUUGUGCCGAUGCUCACGUUGGUCCUUGGUAGGAAUGCUGCAGUAAAAAAAUCCAUCUUCUUGGAAUGUGAAUGUCACGUUAGUUUAUGCAUAACUUUGUGUCUAACUAUCCCUGUGUUGGACACGGUCCUCUUCUCUAAAUAACUUUAAUGUGAGUGUCAAUGAAGGUUACAUAAUCUGUCAUGCUUGAUGUGUUGUUUUCACAAAUUAUAAUCAUGAAGCCGCAUGGAAACAUUUCCAAAAUGCAGGUCGUGCCUAGACAACUCUAAAUCUUACAAAGCAUCCUGUAUGGGUUAAUAGUGUCCAUUCCUAGGCAGAUAUAUGGUGCCCUAGAUUCUUUACGCAAGAUCAAAUGGUUGCUUCAUUGCUCGGGAUAUUAAGACUGAGAAACACAAAAAUCUUCAGAGUUAUUCGCACUCAUUUUGAACUUUGACGUUGAUGACAACCAGCAUCGUCCCGAGCAGCCAACUUAAAGAUUAUUUUUCAUAAUUUUUUUUUUGGUAGAACAUGUUCAAUGUGUUCAGAUAAUCCCCCAAUAUGAAAGUUUAAAGGGCAUUCCAGGUAGUCAUUGAUUCCGCAGAGAGUCCUCACCUUUUGUGCAUGUGCAUCGUACACGAGCAUUGUUUUCUUCAAGGAGUGUAACCCAUUAUCGUCUUCUUUAUCAAAUAUCUCAUCUUGCGGCAUUCUCAUUCUGAACUUCUUCAAAUCCAAGGAGUUUGCACUUUCUGCUUAAAUAUUGGUGGGCGAUUUCAUGCUCCACACUUUUGAAAAGUUAGCAUCCUGGAGUGGUAUCUCACGGGAGUAUUUUUUUCCGGAUAACAGGCUGCAAGAUGUGGUUCACAGCGAGAAACGGUUAUAUCUAGUAUUUGAGUAUCUAGACUUGGACUUGAAGAAGCAUAUGGAUUCCUGUCCAGAACUUACUAGAGACCCACGAUUGGUGAAAGUAAUUCUUCCUUGUUCAAAAUAUAUUCAUGCGUGAUUUCGGAUUUCUGGCUACUUACCUUCGCUUUCAGUCUCUGAGAAACAUGAACAUGUGGGCCCUAGGUUCCCAAUUUCGUUGGUGUUUCGUUUUUCAGAUAAUUCUGCAAUAAUAGGUCAUAGUGAUCUUCAUUUCGCCAGUAUUCUCUCACGGUACAUCGAACGUUUUGGGUGACAAUAUCUUUGUCUUCUCGUAUAACUCAUUGCCAUAUUGUUCUUUAGUUUCUUUCUCAAUGCAUGUCUAUCUUUUAACCCAAAAUACACUAGAUUUUCUCCCUUUUUCUGGCCUGAAUUAGUUAUUGCUUGUCUCGGAUGUAUGUUUCACUUUUCUGCAUAGUCACCGGAAAUUCUCAUUAAAUGCAAUAAAAUUAAGGAUCACCUCUUCCCACUUUGCUUCGCUGUUGCUGUAUCCCAGGACGCAUUUUCUUGUUCCAUCUCAUCAGAUCACGCCCUCGAUUUGUUAAUCCGUCUCCCUAAGACGCAUUUUCUCGCUCCACUGCAUGUUUGCAGACGUUUCUCUAUCAGAUUCUUCGCGGGAUCGCCUACUGCCACUCGCACAGAGUUCUGCAUCGGGACUUGAAACCGCAAAAUUUGCUGAUUGAUCGCCGCACCAAUGCGCUGAAGCUUGCAGAUUUCGGAUUGGCUCGGGCGUUUGGAAUUCCUGUGCGGACUUUCACUCACGAGGUACUUCCUCACUUAACCUUUCUUCUGGCUUUGCAGUCGUCCUGUACAUCUUCUCAGACAGGGGUUUAACCUAGAAAGACAUGAUUUUUUUUUCCCCUGUUAAAUACACUAUUAAGGUAUGUUUUCUAGUCUGAUCAAAUGCUUGUUUUUGGAAAAUAAAUUCUGUUCAUGGGCUAAACUGAGUAAGAAAUGGAGGAAAAGAAGCUGAUAAUUUUCUUGUUAAAGCGUUAAGGGUAACCUUACUUUGCAGAGGAAGCAAGUGGUCACUUCUUUGGGUACCAACCCUUUCCAUUUCCUUUUCACAUAUCUGGGGAUUCGUUUCCUCCUUCCCCACCACACAACAUCGCCUCCUUCCAGUUCUUCAGUUCACCAGAUCAGUGAGAACAUGAAAUCAGAUCAAACCAACGGCUCCGGUCGCUAGAGCUUUUGGUGAUUUUGGGGAGCUCGUUGCAGGUGGUGACGCUCUGGUACAGGGCCCCGGAGAUCCUCCUGGGGUCCCGGCAUUACUCUACGCCCGUGGACAUGUGGUCGGUGGGGUGCAUCUUCGCCGAGAUGGUGAACCAGAGACCGCUGUUUCCCGGCGACUCCGAGAUCGACGAGCUGUUCAAGAUCUUCAGGUGCCCCCUCCCACCGAAGAACUCUUCUCCUUCAUCAGCCUCCUCCUCCUCCUCCUCCAAAAGAAAGAAAAAAAAAGGACCCGUUGUGCUUCUCUACCUCGAGCUGACAUUCUUCGACCCCCCACUCCAAAUGAAGAGUUCUCGGCACCCCAAAUGAGGAAACAUGGCCGGGUGUCACAUCCCUGCCCGACUUCAAGACCGCCUUCCCCAAGUGGCCGCGCAAGGUAUAGAUUUCGCCUUUUUCGAUCUUAUUAUUUGGUAUUAAUCCCUAUCUCUUUCCUCAUUAUUUAUUAUUCACGUUUUCUUUUUUUUGGGUGCCCGAAAGGACCUCGCGGCAGUUGUCCCCACUCUUGAUCCAGCAGGGAUCGACCUCCUCUCCGUAAGUGCCGUCAAUAAAUAAAUAAAUGCAUAAACUUCCCGUUAGACUCGACUCAUUGGGCGUUAUUUUGCGUUGGAGGAUGAUAUAUUUAUUUGAAGUAGAUAGAUUAUCUAUAUUACGCUUGGUCUAAAGCCCAGAGAGAUCAUUUAUGCUGACGUGGCUGCAUCGGUGCUCGCGAAUGCCCAGAAAAUGCUGUGCUUGGAGCCGAGUAUGAGAAUCACGGCUCGGAACGCGCUGGAGCACGAGUAUUUCAAAGACAUCGGGUUGGUCCCUUGA